AACGGUUGCCAUGACAGCAGCCGGGCGCGCUCCAGGAUUCAGGGAAGAUGGCGGUGACCGGCUGGUUAGAGUGUUUGCGGGCUGCGGAGAAGACGGCGCUGCUGCAGGACGGGAGAAGGAAGGUGCACUACUUGUUCCCAGACGGGAAGGAAAUGGCUGAAGAAUAUGACGAGAAGACGAGUGAACUACUUGUGAGAAAGUGGCGUGUGAAAAGUGCCCUAGGAGCCCUGGGCCAAUGGCAGCUUGAAGUAGGAGAGCCAGCACCCUCAGGAGCAGGGAGCUUGGGGCCUGAAUUCAUCAAGGAAAACAAUGCCAAUCCCAUCUUCAUGCGCAAGGACACCAAGAUGAGCUUCCAGUGGCGGAUUCGGAACCUCCCCUACCCUAAGCAUGUCUAUAGUGUCUGUGUGGAUCCGAAGGAACGCUGCAUCGUUGUCAGAACAAGCAACAAAAAGUACUACAAGAAGUUCUCCAUUCCUGACCUCGACAGAUAUCAGCUACCCCUGGAGGAGUCCUCGCUGAGCACUGCUCAUGCCAACUGUACCCUGAUCAUCUCCUAUCAGAAGCCAAAGGAGGUCGUGGUGGCUGAAUCAGAGCUACAGAAGGAACUCAAGAAGGCUUCUCUGGGAGACAGCUCCAGGAUCGUCUCAUCCAUUCACUUCCUCCCACCAGAAGCAGCCGCCUCCACCAAGACAAGGCUUCUGUCCUCACGCCCUUGGUCCCCAAGCUUCCCUGGGGAAGGAGGGAAGUUUCUACAGGGCCUCCUCGUUCCUCCCGGGGGGGAGGGGCAGGGAGGAGGCGGUGCCAAGUGAUGGGCAGGCCAGCGGAGGAUGCAGUGGGCCCUUUUCUCUGGCUCCAGUGAGCCUGGAGGCCACUGCUAUCUGCGGCCCACUCUGGCUUGGGCUCAUUCUGGGUGAGUAGACGUAGUGUUUGGGGGUUUGGUGAGAUCUAAGGUUUUCUCUAGAGAAGGACAUCCAAGAAAAUCAGUGCCUUCAAAUUCCCCUGGACCACGAGUCUGAGGCUGGGAGUACCCUGAUCAAGGCAGCCACAUGCAGAAGAAGCCACUCGGGUGACCCACCCUUCACGGCAAAGCUGGCUGGGGAGAUCUGCCCGGACCACGCCCUGCUCUGCGUGCCAGUCUGGGCCCCGGCAGCUGAUGGGGCCAAGGCCAA